AUGGCUGAGGCUUUUAUUGAGGCGGUUGUAGCUUACACUAACGCGCAGACCCGGAGGAAUGCAGAGGCGUAUUUGAUUCAGUUUGAGCAGAAUCCUGCGUCAUUUAACAUAGCGACACAAAUUCUUCAAAUUCCGUCGAGUCAACUGAAACCGGAGAGUGUUCAGUUAGUGUAUUACUUUGCGUUAAAGGCGAUAGAAUCGACCACCAAAAAUUAUCAAUUGUUUAAUGACGAACUUCGGUUGGCGACCGCAAAGAAUUUAUUAAAUUGGGCAAUUAAACAACAACCAGGAAUGGCUCUUAAGAAGGCGAUUCAAACGGGAGUCAAUCUCCUCUUAACAAACCCUUCACUCACACCAACUCUAUUGGUUCAAGUCAUCAUUCUUAUCAUUAGAGGAGUCUCGAACGAAAAUGAGUGUUACCCGACGCUCGUCUUGCUGGAUGAAAUCAAUGAGGCACUUAUAGAGAAGUCGAAGGCAUUUAGUACCCUGGUACCCCUCUCAAAUGCAGUCAAGGACGAGUUUCGGAAAGACGGGAUUAGUGUGGUGAUCCAAUUUCUUUUCCAAGCGAUGACGAACCAAAAAUACACGAAAGAGGCACUUGUUGUCUUCUCGUCAUAUAUUCCAUGGGUGGACAUUUCAUUCAGUACGAAUGAGGCAUUCAUGAGGUGCUUAUUUGCAUCACUCCAAGUCCCAGCACUCUUUUCCACUGGUGUUAAUGUGCUGCAGGCGAUAGUUUCGAAGGGUAUGCCAGGGGCUCAGAAGUUUCUAUUGUUACAGAAACUCAAUAUUAAUAACAGUAUUCCUCACAACAUCCCCCCUGCGAGUGAUGAGUUUGAAAAAGUCUGUAAUUUGGUGGGUGCGACGCUCUCUGAGAUAUUAGUUGCCGUAGAAAAGGAGUUUCCAGUAAAACAAAUAGUGGCGGGGAAAGUGCAAAUCACACAACAACAACUUGUGAUGGUCUUCCAAUUGAUAUCGGGAAACUUUGUGUUCUUCUUGGAAUUAUUUUCGAAAGCAGACUUGAGUACUACAAAGGAAUUUUCUGCUGUUAUUGCAAGAAUUGUGGGAGACUUCUAUGGGCCGUUACUUAAUGUACUCAUCCCACCACAAGAAGUUGCACAACUCGCGGUUUUAGUGUUUCAGACUUUGUUUGGGAAGUAUCAACAACUCAUCAGAAACGCAUUUGAGAGUGAGGAAUUGACAUUAAACGAGUUAACAACGGCACUUGCCAAUGUGUAUAAGUGUGCGACUGUUUUAGACUACUCUAAAGAGACGAUUAAAAAGUUUUUGGACGACCUUCAGCAAUAUGGUGCGACGGAUAAUGAAGGGAGUUCAGUUGUGUGUCACGCGUACUUCUUGUUACAACUGCCGGACAAGUUAUUACAGCAGAAAGAGACACAAGUGUAUAUGGGGCAACACGUUGGGAAGUACUUUAUGAAUGCGGUGCCGAAGUUACUAGUGCGGAGUGAGAGUGUGAUACUUUCUUGUGUUAUUCGGUAUCUAUCUUUCAUGGACACAAACACUGUGGAGUAUAUAGUUAACAAUGCACUUAUAGUCUGUAUGCAGAACAAACACGUCGAAGCAGUUAAAGACUUAGUCUUUCAAUAUAAGAAGCUUGGAGGGAAUGGGAAAGAAGAUUGGGUCAUUAACAUAGUGAAGCAAUUGUUAUUGAACGAAGAGGUACUAUACACACAGAAGCAGUUGAGAGAGGAGAGUGAUAUCUAUGAAAUACUUGGAGUCUUAAGUGAGAAGUAUAUGGAGUGGGUGAUCGCAAAUGUCUUCCAAGUCACGUUAACCCGGUUGAAUGAGACAUGUCGAACAAAGUCGGACUUUUGUGGGAAAUACGUCUAUAAGAAACUUGAGAACUUCGUCGAGUUCUUGCGACAAAAUCGGAAUGUCAAUAGAAUUGAAGUGCGUGGAGUCUUUGAAGGGUAUAAAUUAGUUGUUAAAGGAGUGAUGCGUGGGGAGAUCUAUAUCGAGCAAUCUUUACUGUUAGACGUGGGGAAAAAGGUGAAUGAAUUUCUUCAGCAAUGGGUGGAGAGUGUUUCGGAGCAAAGUCUAGAAAUCCCAUCCCCUCUUGAAAUGGUCCAAUACUAUGGAAGGAAUUAUGAAGGACAAAAGAUGGUAGUCAGUGUCAUGACACACAUUGCAAACAAACAACAGAAAAUGAAACAGCGAAUAGUCACUGAGGAAUAUAUCCAUGUGUUAAAGAUGUAUGUGGAAAAUAUCGGUGACAUUGAGCAACUUGGCGUCGAUACUGAAUUAUACAGAGAGAAGGUCGACGAGUUCUUAAUGAUUAUCAACUUGACCAAUUUACCCAUUCACGUUGGAGAUAUGUUGAAUUAUAUCAACUGGAGUGGAUAUAUCAAAGGACUCUUUUGCAUAUUGAAGACAUUGAAGAACAUGGAAAUGGGUAAAAUGAUAUUAAAACAUUGUGUGAGGAGCAUUGAGAUGUUUGUAGAGAGUAAUGGAAUUGUUGGGAAGAGUUUUGGAAUAUUCAAUUUUGUGGGUUUAUUUGUCGAGUUGGUAUAUCAAACAAAACUAUCGAAUUACUUCCCUAUGGGACAAGCUAUAGUAGAGGGACUUAGAGGAUUACUUACUUCUACAAAGAAACACCCCGAAAUUCUUAAUGUCUUGAAACUGUUUAUUGACAACAUCACUGAUAUUAAUAAGAAAAAUUGGAUUAGUAACUUCUUCGGAAACAUUAUGACGGUCACUCCUAAUGCUCUCUCAGUACCAGUUAUUGUCAACUUAUUGAAAAAUUAG